AUGCGAAUGAUGAGCCUGGCUCUACUCUGUACAUUUGGGCCUCGGCAAUCAUCGCCUCCCGACCUUCUAGCUUCAGCCCUCUCGGGAAGUCUCAAGCAUGUACGGGGUCUAUUCGUUGACGGUGGGCUAUCUGGCGAGGACGAUACCUGGGGCGAGGGAAAUGUUGUCGCACUGGCUCACAAUCUUGGUAAAGUCAGUGGUAAGCUGUCUGUGAACUUCGUGGUCGGUGCCCUCUCAUUCUUCUUGGACGACUACAACAGCGCGUUGACAGAAUCCUUAAAGCUGGAUCAGGAGCUAGUCACCUUAUCUGCCGUAGCUGCAGGCUCCAAGUAUGCGGAUAUCCUAGCUCUUCCGACCCGACAAGCAUACAGAGGCAUCGACUUGUUUAUUCCCAAAGGCUCUCUCGACACUGACGAGGUGCUGGCUUUUAUCAAGGAGAUUUCCAGUAAUGGAAAUAUCAAUACCAUCGAUGUGAUAAUGCCCAUCUUUCCGAUAUACUAUGUCAUGGAUCUGGAUUACAUCCGACUGUUGCUGGAGCCCGCGAUGAAGUAA